AUGGCCAUUCAAAGCACGCUCAGUCUGGCGCUUCUGGGACUAUUUCCCUCAGCGACGGCCCAGAGAGUAGACGGCUCCAAGUACAACUCACCCACUGGUGGCCCUCCAGCCAGCUACUUUGCCGCGGCCUCAUCUAUCCCAGUUGCUGUCAUUCAGUCCGCCGCCGCUAAGGCAAGCAGUGUGCCCUCGCUGGCCACGUAUCCUAUCAAUACAGACAAAAACUCUCCUAAAUCGACCAUCCACGAUGACUGGGUCAAAUUCCGCAGAGGAGCGGCUCUCAGCUGGGUUGCCGACAUGGACGUAGACUGCGACGGAAUUGACUAUAAGUGCGCGGGCAACGGUGACGGCCAGCCGCAGACCAACUGGGGAGCGCUGGCUGCCUACGAGGUCCCUUUUAUUGUCAUUCCUGACACGUUUCUGGCGGCCAACCCCGACCUGCUUCCUGGCAACAAUGUCGCUGCGGUGAUCUGUCAUGGCAAGAUGUACUAUGGCAUCCUGGGAGAUUCUAACGGCGACGACCCGGAACUCACGGGGGAAGCAUCCUGGCUGAUAGCCCGGACCUGCUUCCCUGACGAAGGCUUGAACGGCGCGAAGGGCCACGUUGCCGCCGAUGUGACUUACAUCGUCUUCACCGGCAAGAACGCCGUCCUCUCUAGCCGUGCCCUGGGCAAGCAUUACCUCACCAACUUCACCACUCUACGGACCAGGGGCGACAAGCUUGCGGGUGCCCUGGCCUCACAUCUGGGACUCCCUGGUGAGACUGCUCGUCCAAGAGUCACUUCCUCGCCAGUGGCAACUACGGAAACCAAGACUGCCUCGGCCACGGAGGAUGCGGCGAGUCCCCCGAAUUACGAGGCUUGCUCGUGGGCUGAUCAGGAUGAAGGGGCCACUUGUUCCUCGGAUGAUGAUUG